GGGCAAUGUCAUAGUGAUUUGUCGCCUGUCUACUUUUAGAUAGUCAUUAUGGACUCCUCUGACCUACAUCUUGCAAUUGAUUAUGUUGGAUCAUGUGGUAUCGUUUUGACACCUGAACAAAAGGCGACGCUUAAUACAACACUGACUAUUUUGAGGCACGAAAACAAGUUCUCGUAUGUGUCGUUUUGGGGUAUAAUUCGAGGAAUCAAUGGAGACUAUUUCAUUGCUCAAGGAAUAGGCAAAGAUGUAUUAAAAGAAAAAACAAAUCUGUACAGUAAAGAUUGCACAACAUGGGGGUUGUUACCGGUACCAGGGAAACAAGAUAUAGAAAAAAGUAAACUUUUCAAAAUGAGACUAACAGGUGAUCCUUCACAUGAAGCUGAAUACGUUGAGGUGAAACAAAUGCCAGGAGAAGGUGAUGAGCUUGUCGAGACUGAAGAACUUAUAACAAUGAAAGAAGAAGAUAGACUUGCUGCUAUUAUUUACCGCAUGGAAGAGGAGGUUGUUAUUGUUCCACGUGGUGCAUUUAUACGAAUGUACAACGGACAAGUUGUGAGAAACAAAUCUUUUGAAGGUUUAACUUGUGCUGAGGCUUCAAAGCUAUUAUCAUACUUUCAUUGUCGGCCUCCUGUAAAUAUGUCUAACAAACCAUUAGCCGAAAGAGCAAAGCUGGAUAAAGCCAUCGAUUUUUUAGAUACUAUUGAGGAUGAUAAUCCUGAAGGUUGUUGGGUGAUUCAAUUUGAACGUGGAGGCAACCUUGUUCUGGUCAAAAGUCUUUUAUGGAUUGGAUAUGUUUUAUAUCACUUACCAGGUACAAACAAAUAUGGAUCAAUUUAUGUUGGAACUGGUGAAUAUAACAUUGAUCUCCCAUUUAUGAUAUAAUGCAAAAAAAACAUUGAAAUAUUUGUAUACAAAUACUUAAAAAAGUUGAUUGGAAUGAAAAACUAGUUUGUGUAUUUGUUUAUUUGAUUACUCUUAAUGUAAUUGAAGAAACAACAGGCCGGAAAUAUCUAACACAUCAAAAUAUCACAGGAAUAUAUUAGAAAUACAUUUAAUGACCAG